AUGUCUCUACUCAGUCGAAUUGUAGUAGCAUGGCUUUCUUUCUCGCUAGCCUCUUUUAUUGCUGCAAUACCUACAGAGACCACCUCAUCAGCACCAACCGCCACCCUUGCGCCGCGACAAACAAAUAUUUUGGGGUGGUAUUCUACCGACUCGACUUAUUCCCCAUAUAUGUGUCAAGGGAUUGCCACGUAUUGCCAGACUUCUACGUACGCAGGUUGCGUUAAUGGGUCGCCGUGUACGCCACCGAUUACUUGCAUUUCGAGCAGUUCAUAUAUACAAUGGAAGGGCGGCGGCACAUAUGGCACAACAGGCUGUGGUCCUAGUCCAUACCAAUGUUAUAUGGUAACCAUGCAUCCCGCACCGACCGACCCUACUGGAAUAGUUUCGACCUUUGCUCAAUGCGAUACGGCACAGCCAUCAAUUCUUUUUCGCGAGAGCCCGAGAGCAACUGCUUCGUCUACAUCAGAGCCGUCUAUUUCUGCAACUUCACCAACACCUACAGUCGCUUCAAAUCAAACAUCGCCAGCGUCGGCCCAUAAUACUGGGUCCGGUUUGAGUAAGGGUGCGCAGGCUGGUAUCGGAGUAGGAGCCACGGCAGGUGGCACAACAAUUAUAGUUAUUAUUGUGCUUUACUGGAAGAAUAAGAAGUUUCGGGAUCAGGUUAAUAACAUUGUUAAUAACAUAAUAGGGAAUCACAAUAAGGUUGACCAAGGAAUUAAUGGAGUUAAAUAA